AUGGCAAGAAACGUAUCGCAAGCAGCCAUGGGCGAAUCAUCAAGACCGAAGAGGGACGAUGAUUCUCAUAGGCAGAAGAUAUUGGUACUAGGUUGGAGGAAAGCAGGUAAAACAUCAUGUAUCAAAACUGUCUUCCAGCAGAUACCCACGAAGGAAGUUCCUUUCUUUGGUGUCACUCAGAAAGUUGAAAAAAUAAAUUACGACUCGAUAGUACCCAUUCAGAUAUGGGAUACACCCUCGAACUUUGAGCUAGAUCAGCUAGAAGUACCCAUCAGUACAUUCUCUACGGUAGUAUACGUAUUAGAUAUGCAGCAAGAUGAUUCAUAUCACGAUUCAAUCCUUCGAUUCGUCCACCUCAUGAUCCGCCUCCACCUCUCAAACCCUUCAAUCAAAUUUCACAUGUUCAUCCAUAAAUCCGAGGUCCUCUCCGAAGAUUAUAGAGGUGAAAAUUAUGCUGAAAUUCAACGAACGACAAGUGAAGAAAUUGAGGAUUUCCCUUACAAAUCACUCUCAUCACAAUAUCCAAAUAUAGAUUUGGAAGACCAACAGACAGUUUCGAUCAUUAUAAAUAAUCUCAUUUCGGAUGUGAGGUAUUCAAUGACCAGUGUGCAUGAUGUGACGCUUAGAGAUGCUUGGAGUAGAGUAUUGCAGGGUGGAAUGGAGAUGUUGCCUGCUGUGGAAAGUUUGUUACUGGAUUUUACAUCUCACUCAAGCGCAGAUAACACAUUCUUAUUCGAUAUCAACUCCGGUGUGGUGCUAGCUACGGACAAUCGACAUCGUACGGACGACUUAUCAGAGCAGGUCACAGAGUACUUGUCUAGUUUCUUAGCAUUUAGGGAACUGUACAAGCAUAUCAAAAAACGCAAGUCUCCGUAUAACGGUGAAGCAGAUGCAGAAAAAAAUGGCGAUGAACAAAAUGGAGAUAUAAGGGAAGAGAGCAAUGGCAAUGGUGAAGGACAGGGUGGGGAUGGGGAUGGGGAUGAUGACGAAGAUGAACCUAGAAAUUGGUGGGAUGAGGAAGAUCCAGACGAACCUUGGAUGACUCAAUCGACGAGGUUGAUGCCUAACACCACCUUGGCAUUAUGGCAAUUCACACCCCAUCUCGCUCUGGUCGUACUACUUCGAACGGAGACCUGGCAAGCUAGAAGGGGGACUAUAGAGUAUAAUUUGACAUUCUUGAGGCAGGGUGUUAGGGAGAUCUUAUCGGUGGUGUGA